UCUUUCCUUUUGGGCGCUGCCCAGAUGAUUUCUGCGCGGCGAUCGGCGGACAGUCAGAACCAGUUCGCGGGGCUGCCGUGGAGCUAAGAGAAGCGGUGGUCGCGGAGACAAAGCUUGCCGCCCCAUACCCCCCCUCCUACAGAAGGAGGCACAGAGAAACUUCUAGAUUUGCGCUCUGCAAUUUCUCUGGAAAUGUCUGAAAAUAUCAAAGGGCAGGAACGGAGGAUCGUCCUGGUGGGCAAAACCGGCAACGGGAAAAGCGCGACAGGAAACACCAUCCUGGGAAGCCCAGUCUUUGAAUCCAGGAUGGCUUUUGGCUCUGUCACCCGAUGUUGCCAAAAGGAGGAGGUCCUGCUGAAGGGCAGGAGGGUUGUGGUCGUGGAUACACCUGGAUUCCUCGACACUGGGCGUUCUGAGCAACGAACAUCCACCGAAGUGAGAAAGUGUGUGAAGUUUUGCUCCCCGGGUCCGCAUGUCAUUCUGCAGGUAAUUCGUCCAAGCCGUUUCACCCAGGAGGAGAAGGACGUGGCCCGGUUGAUCAAGGAGAUCUUCAGCCUGAAGGCCAAGAAGUACAUGAUCCUCUUGUUCACCCGAAAAGAAGACCUUGAAGGGAAAGCUCUGGAGAAAUUCAUUGCCGAGGGAAACUCCGCACUGAAGGAGCAGGUUUACCAGUGUGGCUUCCGCUACCUGGCUUUCAACAACAAGGCUGAAGGGGAAGAAAGAGAUGCUCAGGUGGCCCAGUUGAUGUCCAUGAUUGAUCAGCUGGUGGAGAAGAACAAAAGUGCUACUUGCUACACAGAAGAGAUGCUGGAGGCCGACAAGCAAAACUACAAGAAUAGCCGAGAUUUUUCCUGGUUGUGUCCUUUCGUUUAGGGGAUGCCUUCCCCCAAAUGUUGAGCUCCUUCUAGUUCCACAAUGGCAAGGAGCCCACUCUGCAAUUCCCCGUUGUCUUUUCUGCUCACCUCCAAAGAACCCGGUUUUCUGUAUUCCUUCCUUCAUUCCAUCUUCCUUCCUUGCCUUCCUCCCUCCUUUCAUCCCUCAAUAAAUGUCCUUGCUUAUCCAAAA